GUUGCGGCCGUUGGAGGAGGCCGGCGAGCGUUGACCCCGACUCCCUGGAGGAGAAGUACUUGUGAAUAAAUCCUGUUGGUUUGAUUAUUUGCUCAAGAAACAAAGGAUUUUUAUAAUUUGUGGAUUUUAUGUUCUCGGUAAUGAUGACCAUCAUUAGCUGGUUAUGAAGGAGAUGCCUACAUAGAAGAGUGACAGUAGCUGGAUUAAAUGUUUCACUGCUGAGCUGGCUCCUCAGGUAUCCUGGCUCUGACGAUUGCUAUGGGAGAUUGGAUAACUGUUACAGAUCCAGGUCUGUCUUCAGAAAGCAAAAAUAUCUCUCAAUAUACCUCAGAAACAAAGAUGUCUCCAUCAAGUUUAUACUCACAGCAAGUGCUCUGUUCUUCAAUACCUUUGUCAAAAAAUGUGCACAGUUUUUUCAGUGCCUUCUGCACAGAAGAGAAUAUUGAACAAAGUAUUUCAUACCUUGAUCAGGAAUUGACUACUUUUGGUUUUCCUUCAUUGUAUGAAGAAUCCAAAGGUAAAGAGACAAAGAGAGAAUUAAAUAUAGUUGCUGUUUUAAAUUGUAUGAAUGAGCUACUUGUACUUCAGCGCAAGAACCUUCUAGCUCAGGAAAAUGUGGAAACACAGAAUCUGAAACUGGGAAGUGAUAUGGACCAUCUGCAGAACUGCUAUGCAAAACUUAAGGAACAACUGGAAACCUCCAAGAGAGAAAUGAGUGGACUCCAGGAAAGAGACAGACAAUUACAGUGCAAGAAUAGGAAUUUACAUCAAUUACUGAAAAAUGAGAAAGAUGAGGUACAAAAACUACAAAGCAUCAUUGCAAGUCGAGCCACCCAGUAUAAUCAUGAUAUGAAGAGAAAAGAGCGUGAAUAUAAUAAACUAAAGGAACGUCUACAUCAACUUGUUAUGAACAAGAAGGAUAAAAAAAUAGCUAUGGAAGUUCUCAAUUAUGUGGGGAGAGCAGAUGGCAAGAGGGGAUCCUGGCGGACUGAUAAAACUGAAGCCAGGAAUGAAGAUGAAAUGUAUAAACUUCUCUUGAAUGAUUAUGAAUGUCGUCAGAAACAAAUCCUAUUGGAAAAUGCUGAACUUAAGAAGGUUCUUCAGCAAAUGAAAAAAGAAAUGAUCUCUCUUCUUUCUCCUCAAAAGCAGAAACCUAGAGAAAGAGCAGAUGAUAGUACAGGAAAUGUUCUCUCUGAUGGCGAGGAAGAUGGCGGGGAACUGAAUAGAGAGAGUAUAUGGGACCUUUCCUGCGAAACUGUGAGAGAACAGCUUACAAAUAGUAUCAGAAAACAGUGGCGAAUUUUGAAAAGCCAUGUAGAAAAACUUGAUAACCAAGUUUCAAAGGUACACCUUGAAGGUUUUAAUGAUGAAGAUGUCAUCUCACGGCAAGACCAUGAGCAGGAAACUGAAAAGCUUGAAUUAGAAAUUCAGCAGUGUAAGGAAAUGAUCAAAACUCAGCAACAACUUUUGCAGCAGCAGCUUGCUACUGCAUGUGAUGAUGAUACCACUUCACUGCUUCGAGACUGUUAUUUAUUGGAGGAAAAGGAGCGCCUCAAAGAAGAAUGGUCCCUAUUUAAAGAACAAAAAAAGAAUUUUGAGAAAGAAAGACGAAGCUUUACAGAAGCUGCCAUUCGCCUAGGAUUGGAGAGAAAGGCAUUUGAAGAAGAAAGAGCCAGUUGGUUAAAGCAACAGUUUUUAAAUAUGACUACCUUUGACCACCAGAACUCAGAAAAUGUGAAACUUUUCAGUGCCUUCUCAGGAAGUUCUGAUUGCGACAAUCUUACAGUGCACUCCAAGCCACGACAAAAGAAGCCUCAUGGUGUAUCUAAUGGGUCUCCAGCUUGCACAUCCAAACUUGCUAAAUCUCUUCCUGCUUCUCCUUCCACUUCAGACUUUUGCCAGUCACGCUCCUGUGUUUCUGAACAUAGCUCAAUCAGUGUGCUGAAUAUAACCCCUGAGGAAACAAAACCAAAUCAGGUUGGAAGAGAAUGUACAAAUCAGAAAUGGAGCGUGGCUUCGAGACCUGGAUCACAGGAAGGUUGCUAUAACGGAUGCUCCUUAAACUAUACAAAUUCUCAUGUCGAAAAAGAUGACUUACCUUAAACAUGCAGGCUGGAUGUUUUUCCUCAACAUGUUCAUCAAAUUUCACGUCUAAGUUGAAACAGGGUGUGUCAUAAAGUCAGUUAUCUAAUAACUUAAGAUUGUCUGAGUUAUUUGUUUGGACUUCCCUGUUCCUCCCCCAAAGAGCGAAAUGUUAAAUCUAUUUAAAAGGAUAUAAAAGCUUUGGAAAUGUAUUUUUAGUAACAGAAGCAUCUGGUUCUGUGAAUAAAGGAAUGUAUAAGAUGUUUGGAUGGAAACAAAAGCACUAGACUGAGUUUCCUCUUAUAGGUAUUAAAAUAGCACUUUUAGAAGACUGAUUAUUGUAAAUGUUUAAUUUUUGUCUCAUAUAUAUAAUAGUUGGCAUUGAAAGUUUAGCCUUGAAUGUAUACUGUAGAUUUUUAACAAAGCGAGUUCUAUAUUUAUUAUGUUUAGUGUGAUUUGGAAUUACCUCUUUCAUAUGUUUUGAAUAAAUAAAGUGAAAUUUCUGUAUGUUUUGUACAUAGAUAUUAUACAUGAUAUGUUAAAGAGGCUUUAAGAUUUAAAAACAUCCAUAAUUGUAGUGUUUCAUGCCAAUAAUUUUUUCUCAGUGGUCUUCCGUUUACAGCUGUACCGGAGCCGUUGCCACACCACCUUUAGGAGAUUUUGAACCCAUGCGGGCAAUAAAUACUCAAAAGCUGUUUCAUGAAGCUCAGUUCUUCAGAUAAUUAACAUUACUAAGUGUUGCAUUUUUUGAGAUUUUUACAGCAUUAUAUUUUUUAUUUUAUAUGUAGGACAUUAUACUUUUUCAGAGGACUACUGAUUAUAGGGUAAUAGAAGUAAAGAGCAUUUACUUUGAAUAAAGCAACUUAAGAUUAAUUGUUAAAAGAUACUUGGAUGCUUGAAGACAAAGAUUUUGGAUGGUAAUGGGUACCCGCGUAGAAAUAGCUAUACCAGCUGUGACUUGGGGCUUCAUAUAGUUGCUAUCCACUUCAUAAUUUCACGGCAAGGUAUUUGUCAUUACUGGUAAGAAAGCUUAAUGAUAUGAAACUGUCAGAUUUUAUGAACCAGAUAUUAUGAAACCCUGAACAACCUUGUGUCAUUUUAUUUUUAUAACUGAUUGCAUGUUUCUUCAUGAACAGUGUGUGAUUAUUACUGAUAAGAAGAAUAAAUGUGGGUCUAGUCUCUUCUCCAGGAUUUUCACCAUAAAGCUUUAAGUGCCUAACCCUGUUUGUCUCUGUACAUAGAGCUCACCCAGACCCAGUCUUGGCUUGUUCCUGUAGUGUAGGCCUGUCUGCCUUCUUUUCUGGCAAUGCAGGCACUUAACAUAGAUUCUCAUUCUGUUGUGGCUGUUCCAUUUUAACUUGUCUGGUUUUAUCGCUCAUUUGCAACAUAGAACUCUGUGGAGUUGUGUGGCUGCAACCAAGGUUGAUGAAAUUAUCGUUGCUUAUAAGGCAUUAGCAAAGCUAGGUGUCAAAGUAACUGCAUUUAUAGUCUCAAAAGCUGACAUUUGAAUGCAAGUUAGUCGCUCAGCACUUGCAGCUUGAAGCAUGGUCACUUCUUUACUGUUUAAAAUAGAAAUGUUACAGUAUCUCAGAGCUAGUGCCAUAUUCCAAAGAAACAAGACAAUUUUUUUUUGUUACUAAAUAAUAAUGAUGAAAAGAAAGCAAUCAAAAUUUUAAAAA